AUGGUCAAAGCAGUCGCCGUCCUUCGUGGAGAUGCCAGCGUCAAGGGCACCGUGACCUUCGAGCAAGCCUCCGAGGAUGCCGAGACGCACAUCACCUACGACAUCAGCGGCAACGACGCCAACGCCAAGCGCGGCAUGCACGUCCACGCCUUUGGCGACAACACCAACGGCUGCACCUCCGCCGGGCCUCACUUCAACCCGCACAGCAAAGAGCACGGCGCGCCCGAGGACUCGAACCGCCACGUUGGCGACUUGGGCAACUUCGAGACGGACGGACAGGGCAACGGCAAGGGCAAGCUGACGGACAAGCACAUCAAGUUGAUUGGGCCGCACAGCGUCAUUGGCCGCACCGUCGUCGUGCACGCCGGCACCGACGACCUGGGCAAGGGCGGCAACGAGGAGAGCAAGAAGACGGGCAAUGCCGGUGGUCGUCCGGCUUGUGGGGUUAUUGGUAUUACGCAGUAG